UUCUUUCCAUCUGCUCUGAGCUUGUGGCACCAGUAUGGCAGGUGAUGAUGGAAGGGGAUGUUGGCCAUGUCAGACUGCAGCAGUCAUUUUAGUCCUGUGUGCUUUGGCCCAGCUUACAACUUGUGUUAGCUUGUGGGAGCUGAGCAAAGUUAAGCAAGAUGAGGUUGACAGUGGAGGAAAAGUGAUGGAAGAAAGGACAGGGCACAUUUUUUUAAAUGGGAAAGAGCUUAACUCUCAGUCAGGAUCUGCCUUUUUUGCUGCCACAGAAAAUGAUGAACUGCUGCAUACCGACAAGGAUCAACUGGAUGGCACAGGACUGUUGGAGCAGACCUCACAGCAGGGGGACAAUAUGGCUGAAGCCGCAUGGAGGCGCAUGAGUGUUUCUCUGCACUGUGGGCAAAGCAAGAUGAAAAUAAAAGCCAUGGGACCUGGAUCUGUUAACUUGGAGCUAGCCAUGGGCAACGGACCUCCCCUGCCCUUAUUCCAGGUGCCUGAACAAUGUGGCUACUCAAUGCGGCAAAAUGCACUGGGCUUUGUUUUGGUUGUUCCCUAUGAUGGUUGUAAUGUCAUACAAGAGUAUGAAAACUUUGUUCUUCCAAUGAGCUGGUUGAGGACAUCAGUUGAAUUCACCUGCCCUGUGUCAGGAAGUUCUACUCUGCCACCUGCUACAACUACCCCUAAGCCUGCUCACCAGCCCAGGAAACUUCCUCUCCGCCUCAGGCCCUGGGGCCUGAAUCGUCCAAAGCGUCAAGUGGAACAGCCCCUUCCCUACUAUGAUCCUAGUGCAUACAUGUAUUACUAUAACAUGUUAACAACAACUACUGCCAAGCCAACCACAACUACUACCAAGCCACCUUCAGUGCAACCCCUUCCUUCUUACCCAUACUCUUAUGACCCUUACAUGUAUUACCUGUAUUACUAUUACUACUACUACUACCCUCAAUAUUUCCAAGUGCCGACUACUACUGCCAAACCUACGACAGCAUCAACCACCAAGGCCACCCCAAAACCAGGAGGACCAGAGGACCCUGAUGUUUACUACUACCCAAUCAUCCAGCAUUAUUAUGGAAGUCCUCCAUACUCUCCAACGACAACGAGGCCCACAACCGCUCCUACAACGAGGCCCACAACCGCUCCUACAACGAGGCCCACAACCGCUCCUACAACGAGGCCCACAACCGCUCCUACAACGAGGCCCACAACCGCUCCUACAACGAGGCCCACAACCGCUCCUACAACGAGGCCCACAACCGCUCCUACAACGAAGCCCACAACCGCUCCUACAACGAAGCCCACAACUAAAGUGUGUACUAGUACAACAACACCAAGCAGUAAUGUCUAUCCAGGCCCAAUGAAGCCAAAUGUUCCUUACUACGAGAACCCCUAUCCUCUACAAGUUGCCUACAACAGGGCUGGCAAACUCCCAGAUGACCAGAAGUACAUCCCUCAAUAUGGGUUAAAAUCUGGACUUGAGGCUGGAGCACACCCACAUCCAGGCUUCAACUACUGGCAACCUGGGCCCUGGUUUAGUCAAAAAAGAGAAAAUCCUCAUUGAGUGAAGAAGAGCACUACCUGAAAACCACUCAGAAAUGGGCCUGCUGUUCUCUACAAGCAUACAAUAAAUGUGCAUUUUUACUCAA